UUGUCAAAAUUUUGUUUACUAGCAACAUCUCUUUACCUAUUCUGCCUUUUCCGGCUCUUGUGUCAAAGAAAGCUUGACCAUGAAGCAAAUAGUUGCGAACCAAAAGGUGAAGAUCCCUGAUGGGCUCACUGUACACGUUAAAUCGCGGUUGGUGACAGUGAAAGGACCGCGCGGAGUGUUGAAAAGGAACUUCAAGCACUUGGCUGUUGACAUUCGCAUGGUGAACCCUCGCCUCCUGAAGGUAGAGAAAUGGUUCGGUUCCAAGAAGGAACUUGCCGCAGUCAGGACAGUCUGCUCACACGUUGAGAACAUGAUCAAAGGUGUGACCAAGGGAUUCCAGUACAAAAUGCGCGCUGUAUACGCUCACUUCCCCAUCAACUGCGUCACCACUGAGGGCAACAGCGUCAUUGAAAUCCGUAAUUUCCUUGGCGAGAAAUACAUCAGAAGGGUAAAGAUGGCACCUGGUGUGACCGUCGUCAACUCCCCGAAACAGAAGGAUGAGCUGAUCAUUGAAGGCAAUUCCUUGGAAGAUGUCUCCAGCUCAGCUGCCCUCAUCCAACAGUCUACCACAGUCAAAAACAAGGACAUCAGAAAGUUCUUAGACGGUUUAUACGUGUCUGAGAAGACCACCGUUGUACUUGAUGAGAUAUAAGGACAUUAAAUAAUUUUAAAUUGA